CUCUUUUUUGUUGUUGUCUUCAUUCUUUUUUCUUUUUGCACAUUCUCCCUGUUCUCUCUUCUCGCCUGCAUUUUGUGUAUCUCAUCUCGUGUACGCUUUCGCUGCCUUUCCAAUCUCUUCGGCAUCGGGGCAACAACAACAGCGAAAAGCUGGCGUCGCCGUCGUCGUCGCCGUCAUCGUUUUCUCUAUUUUCCCCAAUCGCUGUGCCUUUUCAUUUUCAAUUCGCAUAUUUUUGCAAACUCUACUUUCAGUUAUUCGCCGAUAAUUGAUGUCAAAGGACGCAGUUGUGCUCCGCCGGCGUUGUUCUCGUUGCAAUCGCUCCCGGUAUCAUCCAGUGCGCCAGUGUGCCCAGGUCUGAGUGUGACCAUGCCGAAGGAGGAUCCAUUCGUGAACCGCGCUCAGCUUUUAAAGGCGAUCAAAAAAUACCCGGAGAUCUGGGACUCCAAUAACAAGCUGCACAUGUGCCGCAGCGUAACAUCGCCAAUGUGGACUGAGAUCGCCGAGCAGUUCGGUGGUCAUGUGCCGACAGUUAAACUGCAAUCAAUAUGGAGCCAGAUGAAGUACCACUACCACAAUUUGGUCCACCGCCAGAUCCUUCACAAGGAUCGCUUCAACACCAAGUGGGAGCACUUUGAGCCAAUGUCCUUCAUGUAUAACAUAACGGUAGCCAAGAUCGUGGGCUCUCAUUCGAGCGGUGGUGGCUCCAGCUCAGAUCUUGGCCCCUCUACGCCUCAACCGCCUCCAGUUGGGGAGGAACCAGCUGCUCCAGCGCCGCCACCUCCAUUGCCCAGCGCCUCCCAUGGACGCGGGCGGCCCAGCGGCAGUUUCAGCUGGCUACAGUCUCCUGCCACUCCCACCGACCCUCCGCUGCCACAUCUUAUUCCUCAACCGCCUCAGGGGCAAAACCAUGGAAUGACCUAUACCGCCUUUACGGGUUUGGUACCUCCGCCAGCUGCUGUGGUCUCCGAGGCUGUGGCCACGCCCCCUAGGAAGUUGGGCCGCCCAAGUUCGUUGCACAAUAGCAUGCGCGGACGUAUAAUCGAUGCCAUCAAAACUCGCCCAUCCCUUUGGGCGGGACGCCAACGGAGCGAAAAGGGACAGGGCCAGAGUCGAACGUCCGCCGUUUGGAAGGAGGCGGCCAUCGAAAUGGGACUCACCCCAACUCUAAUGCAGACUCGCUGGUCGAUCAUCAAGCAGCGGUACGUGGACGAGUUGCAAAAGGAGCGCCACGCCCAGUACUCCCACCAGGGUUUCCGCUCCACGUGGGAGCACUUCGAUCGGAUGACCUUCAUGCGCGACAUCCUGCUGAAGAAGGUCGAUGAGCGGGAGCAGACCAGGGAGCAGAUCCAGGAGAUCGUCAGCGAACAACAGCACCACCAGCAGCCGCAGCACCACCCGUCGCAGCAUUUGCACCACUACCGUCCGACACCGCCCACCGCAGGACUGGUGGAGCACGCCCAGGACAUGCCCAUCGGCUUGGUGCAGCACCAUCACGAAGGACACCAUCCCCCGCUGGCAAUACAACACCCACACCACCCACAGGCCAUCCGGCGGCGGGUCAAGCACGAAUCCGAUCUCGAGUGGGAUCCUUUUGAGAUGAUCCUGCACGUUCAUGGCGCAGGCGAGCCAGCUGCCAACUGAAGACUGAAAAAUUAGGGAGGGAAAAGUCCUAGGUGCACCUGAGAAAAAUAUUUAAGGCAAACAGAUAAACUUUUUCGCUUUACCCUAAAGGUAUUUCACCACAACAAAAUUUUUGAUUACCAUUUUAUUUGUUUUUAAUAUAGAAAAAAUUAAAAUCGUUGGGAUUUUUGCUCGCAAUGGUGCUCCAAAUUUAAUUUUCUUCUAAAUCGCUUUUAAAAAAUAUUUGCCAAUUUGUUGCAUAGAAAGAAACUUAAUUUACAAGUUGUAUUUCAAUUUAAUGUUAAUGGUUUUUUCCGAUCCUUAAAGUUUUUUCUCAGGUGCAAUCAAACGGAAGAGGGACCUAAACGUCCUUAAAAUAAUCGCCAGAUGUAAAACCAUUAUCUACACCGCAUACCCACAUCUAUUCUAAAUCCUUUUUGUAAUUCCAUUUUCUACUACUCUGCAAUUGAAUACAUCACUUAGAGAUAAAUAAUUACCGAUUUGUAAAGCAUUAAAAAUAUACAUAAACAAAAAUUAAA